AUGGCUCCUAUCGACCCUGGAUCUUUCGUGCUAGUAACAGGCGGCAAUGGCUUUAUCGCCGCUCACUGUAUCGCAACUCUCUUACGGUCCAAUUAUCGCGUUCGGGCUACAGUGCGCUCCUUUGAAAAGGGAGAGGCUACGCGUAAAUCUCUGAGCUCUGCUGGAGUUGGCAAUCUUUCUCUUCUUGAGAUCGCUGUUGUCCCCGAUCCAACCGAUCUAAAUGCUUUUACUGCGAUUCUCCACGGUUGCCAGGCAAUCUUGCACUUGGCCUCUGCUUUCAAUUACGAUGCAGUCCCUGGGGAAUUUGAAGAGAAGCUUAUGAUCCCCGCGGUUAGGGGUACACAGGUUGUCUGCGAGGCUGCGAGGCUGGAUUCGAAUAUCCGUAGGGUUGUGAUCAUGUCGAGUUUCGCGAGUGUUUAUGAUGCCAGCCUGGGCCUACAGCCAGGCCGUGUUUAUACCGAGAAUGACUGGUGUCCAUUGACCUAUGAAGAUGGUGUCACUGCCUCGAUGGUACCUACUGCAUAUCGCGCUUCCAAGGUUGUUGCGGAGCGUGCUGCUUGGGAUUACAUUCGUGAUAACCCGGUUCAAUAUCAGCUGAUAACGCUUUGCCCUGGGAUGGUUUUCGGCCGGAUGAUUCACCCGAUCUCCUCCCUUUCCCAACUCAACGCUAGCAAUCAGAUUAUCUGGCAGGUGUUGAGUGCAGGAAAGGAUGCCGAGGUUCCACCCACAAAAGCUCCCGGAAGCGGCAAUGAGAGAUUCCUGGUGACUCAGGCAUCUUAUGAUACGCAGGAGGUUGCCGAUAUUAUUCGCUCCGGACUUCCAGAUAGGCAGCGAGUUCCAGUGGGCGAGCCCGGGAAGCGUAUUGCUGAUGCACACUACUCCUGUGAUUCAUCCAAGGUGCAGGAGCUCUUGGGGGUAAGGUUCCGAAAACUGGAGGAGUCAAUCAUUCCGUUGGCAAAUCAGCUGUAUGACAUGGAGGGAGUCUAA